GCAGUGAUCGUUUCUGCGCAUGUGCGGCUCAUUUCGAGCCCAUUGGUUGACGGAGACGUCGGCGGCUGAUGACGCACUAAAUCCUCGACGAUCUUACCGGAACCGUUAGUUUUCUCUCCGGGAGCCGUUAGUUUUCUCUCCGAGAGCCGUUUCCUGUUGAACCUGGUGAAGAGUCGAACAUGUGUCCGUCGACAGAAGCAGCUUAAAGUCUGUGAGGUUGAGUUUGAGCAGCAGCGACGUGGAUUUGUGCAGGAAACAGGUGAAGACGGACUGCGAGCUGCUGCUGAGCCGCUUCCAGCAAACACAGUCCGUCCGCUUCGAGGUCUUCUCCGGCAUCUGGAGGGACGUGAACUUCUCACACAUCUUCUGGUGAUUGGCAGGAGGAGGAGAGUCUGACGGAGGAGCAGAGGAACGUUGUCAGACUUUUUAUCUGAGUUCAACAACGGAGGAAACAUGGAUUCUUCACAAGAAUGGGGGCUGGGCAGCCGAAGAUUAAAGUCACUACCUGCGAGCCUGAGGCCAUGGUACUCUUCCGGACACUUGGGAAACAUGAAACCAACAAUGGAGUGAGACGUUGGACCUCUGAUGAGGACAACUAUGGUUCUCCAAUGACAACAAACCGAGAUGAAUUGCUCAGUACCGAGCAAUGUGGCAAGACUUCCAUCACAGCAACAAAGCUAAGGAUUCACCAACGCAUUCACACUGUGGAGAAACUGUUCAGGUGUGAUCUGUGUGGAAAGACUUUUACUGACAAGGGUAACUUAAGAAGACACCAACUCAUCCACAGUGGAGUAAGACCAUUCGGCUGUGAUCAGUGUGGGAAGACUUUUACUUGGCUGCAUCAGUUAAAAUCCCAUUAUCUCCUUCACAGUGGAGUUAAACCAUUCAGUUGCGAUCAGUGUGGGAAGAGUUUUACUUGCAAGAGUACGUUAACAAUACAUCAACUCAUUCACAGUGAAGUUCGACCAUUCAGUUGUGAUCAGUGUGGGAAGACUUUUAGACGGGAGCAUCAUUUAAAAGACCAUCAACUCAUUCACAGUGGAGUUAAACCAUUCAGUUGUGAUCAGUGUGGGAAGACAUUUGCUCAGAUGGGAAACCUAAGAGCCCAUCAACUUAUUCACAGUGGAGUAAAACCAUUCAGCUGUGAUCAGUGUGGGACAAAUUUUACUUGCAAGAGUAGGUUAACAAAACAUCAACUCAUUCACAGUGAAGGUCGACCAUUCAGUUGUGAUCAGUGUGGGAAGACUUUUAGACGGGUGCAACAUUUAAAAGACCAUCAACUCAUUCACAGUGGAGUUAAACCAUUCAGUUGUGAUCAGUGUGGGAAGGCUUUUGCUCAGAUGAGCAACCUAAGAACCCAUCAACUCAUUCACAGUGGAGUGAAACCAUUCAGUUGUGAUCAGUGCGGGAAGACUUUUGCUCAGAUGGGCAACCUAAGAACCCACCAACUCAUUCACAAUGGAGGUGAACCAUUCAACUGUGAUCAGUGUGUGAAAACCUUUACCCAAAAUGAACAGUUAUUGAUCCAUCAAUGCCCCCACUCGGGCAGAAAGCUAUACCAGUGUGACCACUGUGAAAAAACUUUUACGUGCCAGCAGAGCCUAAAAUCUCACCAACGCAUCCACACUGGAAAUGAUGUGUACGCAUGCGAUUACUGUGGCAAACCAUUUUUACGGUACGCACAUUUAAAAGCUCAUGAAGUGACCCACACCGGAGUUAAACCGUACCACUGUGACCAAUGUGGGAAAGGCUACAACUACAUUGCCACCCUAAAAGCUCACCAACGUGACCACACUGGGGAGAGACCAUACAGAUGUGAUGAGUGUAAUAAAACUUUUACAACUUCAGGUUCCCUGAAACAACAUCAAAAGAUCCACACCAGGAAGAAAACGUUCAAUCAAUGUCACAGUGAGAGCAGCACAGAUGGACAAAACUCUCAGACUUGUCAGCACUCUGCCAAUGGUGAACAGUGCUGUUGUGACCAGUCUGGACCAACAUCCAACCAACAAGGAACCCUACAAUGACACCAGCAGAUGCACACUGGACACAAACUGAACCUCUGCCAAGAAGAUUUCUCCAUGCCGGGUUCAGUGAAAGUUCAUGAAGUCUCCCACAAACUUAAAGCCCUUGAGAUCAGGCUCCACAGAAUUCAAGUUUAAUCUCUUGUUUGGUGUCUUGAUUAAGGUUGCACUUGAUUCGUCAUCUUUUAAUCAUCUCUCUAUUUCUGUUUUCUGAUGAGGUUCCCUUAGUUACUCUAAGUUAAAACAAAGGAUCAGCAAGUACAGUGCCUGUAACGGGUAUUCAGCACCUGCUGUUUUUCACCUAUUAUUGUUUUUAAACGUGAUUCAUGGUCAUUGUAAUUUGGCUUUUUUUGAAAAGAACUUGGUAACCCUGACCUCUGUUUUGUUCCCGUAAAGUUAACAGCUCGGGUAAAUAUGGUGAAGCAAGACCAUUAAGAGCUUUUAAAAGAAACAAAGUUUAAAAACAAUUCUUGACUGGACUGGAAGCCAGCAGAGAGUGUAAAGGACAAGGGUGAUGUGCUCACAUCUAGGAAUGUUUGUUAAAAGACGUGCUGCCGCAUUUUUCAGAAGUUGUAGGGGGCUGAUGGAAGAGUGGGAGAUGCCAAUUUCUAGUGCAUUGCAGUAGUCCAGUCUUGAGCUGAUAAAAGCAUGAAUAGCUUUUUCAAGGUCGGUACGCUUAAGAAAAGGCUUGACUUGGUUACAAGACAUCGAUGAAUGAAACUUGCUCUGACUACUGUGUCAAUUUGUUAAAUUUCAAGUGUUUGUCAAAUAUCACCCCAAGAUUUUAGACCAUUGGUCUGAAAGUCAUUGUUCAUUGAAUGUUUCUCAGUGAUUGUAGAAUAAAGACUCCUGUGUCUGGAAGGUUCAGUCACUGGUGGAUCAGUACUCCUGGAUAUAAAUACACCAUGGAGACUAAAGAACACUCCAAGAAACUCUGAGAAAAGGUUCCUGAAAAACAGACUGAUAGAAGAAAAAAUCCAUUUCACUAAAUAUUUCUUGGGAGUCCAGUUAAAUCCAUGAUUCAGAAAUGGAAGGAAUAAUGAACAUGAGUAAAUCUGACUAGAGCAGGACGUCCUCAAAAACUGAGAGACCGAGUAAGAAAGAGACUAGAGAGGGAGGCCACCAAGACACCCAUGAUUCCUCUGAAGGAGUUCCUGCUUCAGCAGCUGAGAUGUUAGAGACUGUUCAUCCAACAACUGUUGUCUGUUCUUCACCACUCAAAGCUUUAUGGAGACAAAGAGAAAGACUCUGUUGGAAAAAGUUCACAUUAAAUCUGGACUAGAGUUCACCAGAAGACAUGUGGAGAAUCUGAAGUCACCUGAAGAAGGUUCUUUGGUUUGACUUUCUCUUUAUACUUUGCUGCUGUAGUGAGAAGACUGAAAAUCCUGGUUUGAGUUUCAAUGUAAGUUCAUGGUGAAAAAUGAAAUUGUUGGUUUUGUGCUGUUAAGUUUUGUCUUGUUUCAUUGUUUUACAUGAUUGAUCAUUAAGUUUUACUUCUGGUGUUUCAUUUGAAUCCACCUCCACUGGUUCUUUUGCAUCAUAAACUGUGGAUAUUGUAACUGGUAUCUAAAGUUUUAGCUCAAUAUAUAUUUAAUGUGAAACAACUGUCCUUUGGUUCACUUUAAGCUUUUUUGCACAUUUACCUUUGAGGCUGUUUGAACAACAACAUCUCAGGAACUAUUCAAGAUAAAGACCUGGAAUUUUUUCUGAUAUUUCUUUUGACGUUUAUUCAAAAUCUGCAAUAUUCAACUUGUCAUAUCUGCUCUAUCAGUUAUAAACAAAAUAACUUUGUUUUUCAUUUCAAUAUUAAAAUGAUUCUAUGUG